GUAACGCCAUGCAUUCAAUCCCCAUUAUGCAUUCUUCUUCAUCUCCUUCGUUUCCCCUUUUCGAUCUCAAACAUUUCACAUUCAAACCACGAGAUCCCCAGCCGCCUCCAUUUCCUACAGUUUCCAAACUCAGAUUUCAUUGAAAAUCCCCCACUGGCUCUCUAUUUGGGGUUUUGAAUAUCAAUCUUGUUUAGGGUAUGGAGAAUCCGUUCUUUUCCGUUUUCCAAACAAUCCCAUGUUUGUUUCUGGAUCAAAGAUCAAAUUUCAUUGCCUUUCUUUUGAUCUUCUUCUCUCUCACCUGCUCUUUCUCGCCCUCCUAUGAAUAUGAUUCCUUGGACCCUUAUGCCAACGUUACUAUCUCAUGGGAUUUCUUGGUGGAGAAUGGGGAUACUUUUGAUGUGAGAGUUUCAUUAUACAAUUUCCAACUGUUUCGCCAUGUGGAACUGCCUGGUUGGAAACUUGGCUGGUCAUGGAAAGGUGAUGAGGUUAUAUGGAGUAUGUGGGGGGCAGAGGCUACUCAGCAAGGAAAUUGCUCCAAAUACAUAGGCAAGGAGCUUCCUCAUUGUUGUGAGAAGAAGCCUGUGAUUGUUGAUCUUAUGCCUGGAGCUCCUUAUAAGUUGCAGGUGGCCAAUUGUUGUAAAGGAGGUGUGCUAUCUUCCAUGAGACAAGACCCUGCAAACUAUGGAGCUGCCUUCCAAAUGAAUAUCGGGAAGUCUGCUGGGAAAGUUGUAGAUAGCAAAAUGCCUGCAAAUUUCACUCUGGGGCUUCCUGGAUAUACUUGUAGUGACCCAUUUCAAGUCUCUCCAACCAAGUUCAGUAAGGAUGGCGGUCGUCGGUGGACACAAGUUCUAGAAACAUGGAAUGUGACAUGUGUUUACUCGCAAUUCCGAUCAUCACCAGCUCCAGGGUGCUGUGUUUCAUUGUCGUCCUUCUACAACAGCACCAUUGUUCCUUGCCCUCAGUGCAGCUGUGGCUGCCAAGGGAUAGAGGGAACGAAAUGCGUCGAGUCAGGUGAAACUCCAUCUGUGUUGCAGCUUCCACAUGAACACUACACUGCUGAAGUAGAACCAUUGGUGAGGUGUUCACAGCAUAUGUGCCCAAUAAGGGUGCAUUGGCAUGUGAAACAGAGCUAUACACAGUAUUGGAGGGUAAAGAUAACUAUCACAAAUCUAAACUUUGCCAAGAACUACUCUCAAUGGAGCUUAGUAGUGUUGCAUCCCAACUUGAGGAAUAUUACUCAAGUUUUCAGCUUCAACUACAGCCCUCUCAAUCAAUAUGGUCACAUAAAUGACACAGGGAUGUUCUGGGGGAUACAGUUCUACAAUGAUUUGAUACUCACAUCAGGAGAAAGAGGGAAUGUUCAAACAGAGAUGCUUCUCCAAAAAGAUUCAGAAAUUUUCACUUUCAGAGAAGGAUGGGCGUUCCCAAGAAGAAUUUUGUUCAAUGGGGAUGAAUGUGUAAUGCCACCUCCAGACCAAUAUCCAAGGCUCCCAAAUGAAGCUCGCAGGGCCAUGGCCAUGGCCGCCACGUUCAAGGUUUUCUUCUUUCUUUCUCUCUGUAUUCUUAUAACAGAGGAAUUCAGUAGAUGACAGUGCAAUGGAAGUUACAAGCAGCGAGUAUAGCACAGGUUUGUGUUUUAUUUGCAUAUGGUUCUGACGAGAAUUUUAGCUGAGAUGAUAAGUUUUUCUCGUCCUUCAUAAUAUCAUUGUUUUUAGACAUUAUUCUUCGAGCUUUUAAAGGUGACCAAAAUCAGGCCUGUACUAAAUUGAGGCCAAAUUCUGCAAUAUGUGUACAUUAUGGUGCAUUAGAGUCUGCGUACUAUAUUAUCAAGCUUUCACCAUGAAUGAAAUAUGUGUUCCAAUUAAUCUUACAA